AACUCAACAGAACAGCAAAGUGUUUAUAAGCAUGACUGAAACCAGAGUGCUUAGUCAAUAUAAGGAGCUUUUAGUGAUUCAAAGUUCAUUUUAUCGGUUUUCUCGAGGUCAAAGAAAAAAUACAAUAACAACACAGUACAAAGAUAGUACAUGCAAGUGUAAGUGAAGAUUUAUAGGUUUUGUUGACAAAGUAAAAGAGUGAUUAGCGCCAUGUCUUGGGGCAGAAACAGGCACCCAGCACAUCAAUCAGUCUACGAUAAGGCACUGACCAUCUUCCAAGAAGGCACCAAACACCUGGAGGACCUGACCAACGCAAUAGACCGCGAACGAAUACAAUCAUGCAUCGACCACAAACUGGAGGAGAGAAAAAUCAAACAGGACUUCGUCACCUUGAUCAAGGAACGUAAUCGCUUGGGCAGAGAGUCGAGAAGUGGGGCGAGUACAAGGCCGCUGGUAUCGCGGCAGAAAUCCUUCCGUGAAAUUCAAGCGCACGAGAAAAGAAGAAAAUUACGGAUGUUUUCACUAGCGAGAAGUUGUGACACUUUUCCGCAGAUAACAUGUACUGUAGCAAAUGUGCCAAAAAUCAUGAAAAGGAAUUUAUCAAGCGAGAGUGAAUUUCACAACUGGAUAACGGGGCGGCCGAAGUUAGCAAACUCUGGGUUCGUGGCACCGGUUGAACAACCUGUUGCCAAGCGCAGCACAACAAAAACAAAACAUAUGGCCGACACAGAGCUAGAGAAAAUGAAGCAUCAGAGUAGGAAGGUCGCUGAUAUUGUCAACAACAUCCCUUUCUUUAGAAAACAGGACACAAACAAUAUGAUUCCGUCUCAGUCAAAAACAUAUUUGAGCGAUGCUGCUGUUGUGUCAAAAGGCAGGGAUGAAGCGCGCACAAGAGGAAAAUUCCCAUCCUUAUUCAACACAAACAGAGGCCUCAAACAAGAAUUGUCUGUCCCAGCAUUCAAGACAUCUAACGCGGUCAGAGAUCCUUUCCCAUACACACGUAGGCGUUCGAAUACUUUUAUAUGAGAUUGAAAUAAGUGGUCUCUGUACGAUAGAAGUAAGGGUGUUCUCUAUAUCGAUCUCUUUGAUGAAAAUAAAGCUGUCCAUGUAUGACGAAAAUAAAGCUGUCCAUAUAUGAUGAAAAUAAGGCUGUCCAUGUAUGAUGAAAAUAAAGCUGUCC